AUCACAUAACAGAAGAAGAGGAAGAAAAGAUAAUAACUCGCUCCUCUUUCUCUCUGUCAAUAACAACAGAGAUUCCGUCCUCCAUUUUCGUCCCAGCAUAUAACCACUCUACUAGUUGACGUCGGCUGUGAUAUAACGCUCAUCAAGCUGAUACAUUAGCAUAUGAUCAUUUUGUUUAUAACGUUGGUGGCCGUGGAACCGUGGAAGGGUCUAACGAAAUACUUACGUCACUUGAUGAUUGAAGUUUGACAAGUGAAAAAAUAUUGAAUACAUUUUUUAUUUUUUACAAUUUUAUGGAGCUAUUUUAAUAGAUUCCCAGCAUUAAUGCCACUAUUAAUCAACAGAAAACAGUUAGGAAAGUGAUCUUUGAGUAAUAAUGGCAAGAGAUUAUGAUCAUCUAUUCAAAUUGCUCAUAAUAGGCGAUAGUGGAGUCGGUAAGAGCUCUCUGCUGCUUAGGUUCUCAGACAAUACAUUCACAGGAAGCUACAUCACAACAAUUGGUGUAGACUUCAAAAUCAAAACGGUGAACAUCAAUGGGCAGAAAGUUAAACUGCAAAUAUGGGAUACUGCGGGCCAGGAACGAUUCCGGACAAUAACUAGUACCUAUUACAGAGGUACACACGGAGUUAUAGUAGUUUAUGAUGUAACAAAUGGAGAGAGCUUUGCAAAUGUAAAAAGGUGGUUGCAUGAAAUUGAACAGAACUGUGAUCUUGUUAAUAAAGUAUUAGUUGGAAACAAAAAUGAUACUCCAGAACGAAAAGUAGUCCUAACCGAAGACGCUCAACGUUUUGCAGACACCAUGAACAUCCAACUGUUUGAAACAUCUGCCAAGGACAACAUCAAUGUAGAAGAAAUGUUCAUGGCGAUCACGCGUCUGGUGCUGCGGUCAAAGUUGGACAUGCAAGAGCGACAGAAUGACAGGACUCAAAAUGACACGGUCAAUUUGAGGAAAACAAAUAAACAAGGAAGGAAGAAAUGUUGUUAGCCAAUUUUAAUGGAGCGUGUCAGAUUACGAAGGCCAUCUUGAAGGUGGCUGUUUUAAUUGAAUUUCAGUUUUGUUGGUACAGCUACAAUAUGGGAUGAGUUGGUAAAAAAAAAGUAGUAGUUGGAAUCCCAGAAUUAUGCAUCCACGAUUUUAUUCAAAAAUCAGAAUUCUUGACUUAAACAAAAUUGCAUUUUAACUAGCUGAAAUAUUAUAUUCAUUUUUCAAGGAUGAUGCAAUUUAUCAUCGUUCUUUCACUUGUUCUGCAAAACAAGUAUUUAAAAUAUUUAAAUUGAAAUUGAACGAAAUGAACACUCUACAAUUCAGAUGUCAAUAGAACGUGAACAUACAACACUUCACGUGUCAAAGCUUAAUCUCCUAAGCAAACAUUAGAUCACCUUUUAAGGAAAAUAAGCCUAUUAUGUCAUGCUAGAACGUAUUACAAAACAGCUGAUUGUAGUUUGAAGGGCAUUUUUGCCACUGCUCAUUCAUGGAAAGAAAAGUUUUGGAUGAGCAAAAUUCAUGCUGAUAAUCCUCCAUGUUUGUCUGACUGCUAAAUGAAACCUCAUGUUUGAAUUAUCAUGGUGGCCAAAACGUAUCAGUAAACAACAGUAUUCAAACAUAUGUGGUUUCGUUUAGCGGCCAAACAAACAUGAAGGAUUAUUAGCAAUAUUCAUAUUCCAUCAUCUUUUCCAUUUGGAAAAUACCCCAUUGCAAGUGUAAUAAAAAAUGUACAUUUAUGUUUUGGAGUUGAACAUGUGUUAUUGCAUAUAAGUUACCAUAGAUCGGCUGUAUGAAUCCAGAUAAUUCAUUCUAAAUAGUUUAUACAUUUUAAUAACAUAUUACAUAAUAUAAACAAUGCUCUCUAUUUUAAGUAUUGAAUUAAAAUAUAUCGUAAUUUUGUAUACUCUUUUGGUUGUAUUAAAGUGAUAUACACCUUACCUACUGUUGACAAUAGCAAAUUUAGUUCUAUAGCAAACUAUGAUUCCUUAUUACAUAAACAUAAUUAUAAUACUCAUGAGCAGAUGGAUUAAAUUUGAAGGCUACCUUCAGCAUCACAAUAAUUGAAAUCUUCUUGUGAAUAUUAUAUGUUAUAUAGAUAUAGAUUUUAAUUUAUAACAAACCAGCCAUACAAAACUAUUACAAAUUAGAUAUCUGGAUUUUUGCCACUUCAAUAUAUUUAUUAACAGCACAUCCAUUUUGUAGCUGUGUCAAACAUCUAUUUUAUCAUUUACAGGUCUGUAUAUAACCAAAAUUUGUAAAUAUAAUGACUAUUUUAAGUAAAAUUAAAUCAAUGUUUUAAAAAUUACAUAUUUUAGUUCUUCAUAGAAUAAUGUGAUGUGCGAAAUUAAUAAAAGUGUUCUUCCUGUUUAAAAUAAAUAUAAACGGCCAUUAAUUAAUUCUUGGAGAAUUUUUAUAUAAAAGUUGAUAAAAAGUAUAAAAACCUGAGAUAACUGUAACUUCCAUGUUCUGAAUUCCUUUAUUUGCAUUUCAUAAUUUCAAUCAGUAAUGCAUAUCCUCGCAUGUUUGUUUAACAGCAUUUUUAAAUUCAUUGAAAUUAUAUCAGUGGUGCAUUUAUUAAUUUUAUGUUAAUAUUCCUACUUGUUAAAAGUAUGUGUAUUUUGUUUAUGGAAUUAAAUGUAUAUUUGUUGUGAGGAAAA